AUGGACGAGAUUGAUUUCCACAAUGGUGACGGGAAACGACUGAUGUCAAGAAACAGCGACCUGAUGCAGGCCAAGCGGGAGAAGACUAACAGUGUGCGUGCCGGAUUGAUCAAUAAUAUCAGAUCCAAGCUUGUCGACUAUGACGAAAUACUCUCAAGAGCUCGUGACCUCAACGCUUUCCAGCGUCCAUCAAAGCGCGAUUAUCGAAGCUUUCGAACAUGGUUCUUCAACGUGAAACCACUAAAUUAUGAAGUGGAGGAGCAGUUCAUAAAGCGGAAAGAAGAUCUCGUCUCACUUCGACAUGGCCGCGAGUGGUCAGGUUUCGAUGGUCUCAUCGAGUCAUGUUUACAGAGAAAACUAUUCGCAACUGAAGAGCUUCGCAAGAAGACAAGCGACAAGUGUAUCUUCUACUACUCGCAUUCACGCAUCGAAAAGCUAGUCGGGCUGAUAAUCACGCUCAUAAUUUUCGUAUUGCUGGUUUUACCAGUCGUGGCUAUGUAUAAGCUGACUUCAGUUGGUGACCGCAACUCAACCUUCGACGCCGUCGGUAUCCUGGUUGUUUUCACGCUUCUGUUCUCGGCGGCCAUGUCACUUGUGACGAAGGCAAAGCGGCACGAGCUGUUUGGUGCCAGUGCGGCAUAUUGCGCUGUACUCGUCGUGUUCAUCAGCAACUUCAACAAUGAUGGAAGUCGCUAA